UGUCCUUUAUAGAAUGAAGACCAUUCUCAGCAACCAGACCGUUGACAUCCCCGAGCAAGUCAGCGUUUCGCUGAAGGGCCGGACAGUCAUUGUGAAGGGCCCCCGAGGAACCUUGCGAAGGGAUUUUAACCACAUCAAUGUGGAGCUGUCCCUCCUGGGAAAGAAACACAAGAAGCUGCGCGUUGACAAAUGGUGGGGUAACAGAAAGGAGCUGGCAACAGUUCGUACAAUUUGCAGCCAUGUACAGAACAUGAUAAAGGGUGUUACACUGGGAUUUCGUUACAAGAUGAGGUCCGUGUAUGCUCACUUCCCAAUCAACGUGGUUAUACAGGAAAACGGCUCGCUUGUGGAGAUCCGAAACUUCUUGGGAGAGAAGUACAUUCGCCGAGUGCGUAUGAGACCAGGUGUUUCCUGUGCAGUAUCUCAAGCCCAGAAAGAUGAGCUGAUCCUUGAAGGGAAUGACAUUGAAUUGGUCUCCAAUUCAGCUGCCUUGAUCCAGCAAGCCACUACAGUCAAGAACAAGGAUAUCAGGAAAUUCUUGGAUGGUAUCUAUGUCUCUGAGAAAGGAACAGUACAGCAGGCAGAUGAGUAAAACUCUUCAUAGUUGUCUGGAUCCUGAAA